AUGGUCCCCAAGCUACCCAUCAAGAGCUUGUCCACCCGCGUCAAGUCGCCAGCCCCGCGUGCCAGGCCACCACGAUCCACGCGCCCUACAAGCGCUCACUCACCAGUCCGUCGCUCUCGCUCCCACGAUCCCGACAGACGACCAGAGUCUUCCUCGUCGCGGUACCCGCCCUCGAGUCGCCGCCAUCGAAGCCCCGAGCGCCGACGAUACUCUCGCAGCCCAGAGCGCCGGCGCGAGUCCCAGAAUGGUCGCCACCGCCGACGUCGCGACUCGUCCAGCAGUCUCGAUCGUGAACCGCGUCGUCAACCGAGGGACUAUCUGGGCGACCAUGAUGAUCGCAGAGGUCGCGAGAGACCCUCGAGCGCGAGGUACCCCUCUCCUCCGAGGCAGAGAAGUGGCGCUGCCCGAUGGGCCUUGAACAGAGACGGCGAAGACGAUCAACGAAGAAGAUCAUCGACGCCAGACAAGUACAAGCCUGACCGGUACAAGGACACGGACCGUCCCGGUCGAGCGCCAUCGAGCGACGCGGCCACACCAGCAGCACAGACGCAGGACACAUCGGCGCCAGCGCAACCAGAUGCCGCAGCCGCCAGCGCGUCCUCUCCCUCGCCGUCAGGGAGCGGCUCGGGCGGUGGCAGCUUCCUGAACCAGAUGCCCAACGCGUUCAUGACCUAUGCAGGAUUGAAAGCGGUCACCAAGCAUGCGGAUACCGCCAAGGACUGGAUCAAGUGGCUCAACGACAUGUCCGAGACGCCCGAGGAAAUCGAUGAGCUGUCGGCCAAGGCCUCGACGGCGCGUGACACCAUCACCCAGGUCCAAGAGACGCUCAAGGCGCGCCCGGACCUUGUGGAGGGGGACAAGGGCGAGAAGCUCAAGGAGCAGAUCGAGGAGGCCGUGGGCGAGACCGACAAGGCCCUCGGCAAGAUGACAAAGCUACUCUCGGAGAUUAGCAAGAAGGGCGCAGAUCACGGGAACGUAGUGAACGGGAUGCAGGAUUUCUGGAGGUCGUACCGAUACAAGGAAGAGUUUAAAGACCAGGUCGAGAAGGCUGAUGAGGAUCUCCAGAAGGAGCUCACCAAGCUCUCGACCUUGAUGGUGAAUAUUUACUCUCGCGCCCUGAUGAAGCCGGCACCCCCUGGAUCCGGCGUCGUGCAACCUCCAGCGCCUGUCACCAGGAAGGAGGCUGAGAAAUUUGAAGAAACGCACACGAAUGACAAGGCGAAGCCUCAGCUAGCCGAGGAGCAGCCACGUCAGGACACUGCUGCGGAGAAGGGUGAUAAGGCCAAGACAGCCGACCCCGGGCCAUCCUCAGCUAUGCCUGCGACGACUGGUCCUACAAGAGCCAGCAUUCCCACCAUUGUUGAGCCUAGUGGGACAAAUUCCGAACCUAGUGUAAAACUCGACCUCGAACCGCACUCACCUCCUCCACGCUCACCGUCCGCCGUGGCCGACGAAGAAGAGAUUCUUGGCUCGCCGCCAUCCUCCUCGCAGGGCCCUCCCCAGGAGCAGCCCCGCCGCAACAGCGCGGCAAUAGGCGAGCAAGAAGCACAGGACAAGCUCCUCGACGCAGCGUGGGAUGGGCACGUCGAAGAGGCCAAGGAGGCCCUCCGUCACGUCUCCCACGCCUGCUGCGACCUUCGUGGCCUCACGCCCCUCCACCUAGCCGCAGAGCGCGACAAUCUCGCCGUUGCCAUGCUCCUCCUCGACCGCGGUGCCGAUAUCCACGCCCAGUCCGACGGUGGUCGCACCGCCCUCCACCUCGCCGCCCGGUCCGCCACCGCGCCCACCGUCGAGAUGCUACUCGAGCGCGGCAAGGCGGACCCCAACGCGCAGACGGCCAAGGGCCGCACACCGCUGCACUACGCGGCGAGCAAGGCCGAGGACGGCGACGAGGAGAGGCGCGAGGCCAUCCGCGUGCUCAGGGACUUUGGGGCGGAUCCCACCGUCGUCGACCGCGAGGGCGAGACGGCGCGAGACGUGGCGCAGAAAAGGGGCCACUGGGAUGCGGCCGCCACCCUCAAGAGGGCCGAGCGGCGGUGGGAGGAGGAGCACAAGCAGAACUGGCUGCAGCGACACGGGUUCCGCAAGUGA